UGUGGUUCUGUAUAAAAAAAAUGUAAUAAUGUCACAGCGCUAAGUUUGUUAAAUUUUUAGUAAAAUUAAUUAUUAAUCUAAUCAAAAUGUACAAAGGUUUUUCACGAAUAUGGAACGUUUACUGUUUAGAUAGACUACAACCGUGUGUCACGCCAUUUGCCACAAAUGUAUUUAAUUCUCAGAAGGGCAAAGUGGGAAGUAUAGGUUAUGUUUUUAAGAGGACCAAAAAACAUGAUAAUAAAGGCAACCCGUCAGCACUAUUCGUUCCUGUACCAGUUAAACCGAAUCCUGAUGACAUAAAUGUAGGCGAAGAAUUAACAGGAAGGCUCAAAAAGCAAGAUUUAUUAAAAAUUUUGAACAAGUUUUAUCAGAAGCCUGAGGUUAGAGUUUUAGCAGCAGAAAAUGGUUUGGAUGAGCAGUUAUUGCAUCAAUCGUUUUUAUCCUUUAGAAGGCAUUGCUUGGAACACGAUUUGCCUCCCGAUUUACAUAUUACAAUAAGUGAUAUAUUAGUAGGUGCUGGUCAUGUUGAUGACUUAUUUCCAUAUUUUCUUAGACAUGCUAGACUUGCAUUCCCACAUCUUGACUGUUUAGAUGACCUUAAAAAGAUAUCUGACUUGAGAACUCCAGCUAGUUGGUAUCCCCAAGCUCGUAAUAUUAAUAGGAAAAUAAUAUUUCAUGCUGGCCCCACAAACUCAGGGAAAACCUAUCAUGCGAUGGAGAGGUAUCUCACGUCAAAGUCUGGUGUUUAUUGUGGACCACUUAAAUUAUUAGCUACUGAAAUAUAUCACAAGUCCAAUUCUAAGGGCACGCCAUGUGAUUUAAUCACGGGUGAAGAAAGAAGGCAUGCAUCCCAAUACAAUACACUAGUAGAUAAUAAUGAAGAGACUGACACAGCACAAGAGAAGGAGUCAUAUCUAAUAGAUGAACCAGAACUGACUCCCUCCAGACAUGUGGCGUGCACUGUUGAGAUGACGUCACUUAAUGAAAUGUAUGAAGUGGCAAUUGUUGAUGAAAUACAGAUGAUUGGUGAUAGAGGCAGAGGUUGGGCUUGGACGAGAGCUGUUUUAGGUUUACAAGCAGAGGAAUUACAUUUAUGUGGCGAAGCAGGUGCGAUAAAUUUAAUAGAAGAAAUAUGUAACACUACUGGAGAAGAAAUUGAGGUGAGAUCAUACAAAAGGCUAACAGAGUUGAAAGUGGAAGACGCCGCGCUGGGCUCGUUGGACCGCGUGCGGGAGGGCGAUUGUAUAGUCUGUUUCAAUAAGAACGACAUUUACAGUGUAAGUCGAGCUAUCGAACAGAGGGGUCAUGAAGUGGCUGUGAUAUAUGGAAGCUUGCCACCUGGCACGAAAUUAGCGCAAGCCAACAAAUUCAACGACCCAGAGAGCUCUUGCAAAGUUAUGGUGGCCACUGACGCUAUAGGACUUGGUAUCAACUUGAGUAUACGAAGGAUAAUAUUUUAUUCGCUCAUAAAGCCAGUGGUGAACGAGGAUGGCGACAAAGAGAUGGACGUUAUAAGCAUAUCGCAGGCGUUGCAGAUUGCGGGUCGUGCUGGUAGAUACGGUAGCGUUUGGGAGACAGGCUACGUCACCACGUACAAGCCAGAGGACCUUGCGACGCUGAAGAUGUUGCUGGCGCAGCCCCCGGACCCCAUAGCGCAGGCCGGCCUGCACCCCACCGCCGAGCAGAUGGAGCUCUACGCCUACCACCUGCCACACGCCACGCUCAGCAGCUUGAUGGAUAUAUUCGUCCACCUGUGCACAGUGGACGACUCCCUAUACUUCAUGUGCAACACGGAAGGUUUCAAGUUCCUGGCCGAGAUGAUCCAACACGUGCCGCUGCCGUUGCGGGCACGGUACGUGUUCUGUUGCGCGCCCAUCAACAACAAGCUGCCGUUCGUUUGCGCCACUUUUCUUAAGAUGGUCCGCCAGUACAGCCGCAACGAGCCGAUCACUCGCAACUGGAUGAGCAACGCAGUGGACUGGCCGCUGCCGCCGCCCAAGACCAUCAUGGACCUCAUACACUUGGAGGCUGUGUUUGACGUCAUGGAGCUCUACUUGUGGCUCAGCUACAGAUUCCCAGACAUGUUCCCCGAUGUGAAACUUGUACGAGAAAUGGAAGUUGGUUUAGAUGCUAUAAUUCAACAAGGAAUAUUCCAAAUCACUAGGUUACUAAGGAAUUCGGAGCAAGUCUUACGCAGCGAUCCGGAAAUGACUGAACUGGGCAGAAAUAGGUUAGGGAAACUUCACACGCAAUCCAGAGAUGAUGAGCCAAAGGGAAAACUUUCAGAAAUGCUUGUUGCCAAGGGAUUAAUAACUCCACAAAUGCUGAAAAAGUUACAACAAGAACUCGCCGUGGAGAAAACAGACAAAAAAACAAAAGGGAGUAGACAUAGAAGGAAAUAAUAGUUAUUGUUGAAUAAUAGAUAAAAGAUGUAUUUUUGUGUUCGUUUGGUGUAUGUUCAAGAGUGAAUGUGUAAUAAAGUGUAUCAGUGAAUAGUUA